AUGGCUAAAUCCAAGGCCCUGUUACUUAAAGCGAUUCAUGGCCUAAUUAUUCUUGGAGUAAUAAUAGUUUUCAGUUUUGACUUGUACAAGAAUAUUAAAGGUUUAAAUAUAAUAACACAAUCACUUGAGGUUGUCAAAAAAGCUUCUUUAGUUCCUCCGGCGGUAACAUUAUGUCUCGCACGUGAUGUCACUUACACAUUUAAAAUAGCAAUUUAUGGGAAUGUUGUCACCCAAGGAGAAUAUUUAGUGUCAUAUCCUUCCACAGCACCGGAAUUGGCAAAUUUAGCUGGAGUUGUGACGAAAUGUUGGAUCCUUGCUGCGCCGAACAAACAAGCGGUAAUAACGGAUCCACCACCAGUGCCCAAUAUACCUGACAUGGUUUUAAAUUAUACCAGAUUUUUUGAUGGGACAAAUAUCACCUCACCUCUGUUUAUAAACAUUUUUGAUCCAUUGCAAGAAGAUACAAAUUUCAAGUUUAGUCGAUUUGUAAGAUUGGAUCCAGAUGUUAACAGAGCGAUUUCUUUCUCAAGGACUGAGCAUUAUGGUCUUGACCAAAAAAUCACCAGUAAUGUUGCUACCACCAUGGUGGAUGAAUUUAGGGAUUCAUCACAAACAACAGCGAGUAAUGCCACCAGCACUUUCACCAUUCGUCCAGAAUCAUUUAAUGUAUUCCGAACGACUGAAGUACAGAGUACUACGUGGUGGACAAUUAUAAUUCACAGUGUUACGUUUAUUGGAAUAUUAUUUGGAAGUGUUUAUGUUCCUUUAGUUGGUCGCGGUAAAUACAGACCCUGGGGAUUUUUACAUAUGGCAUUAGGUUAUUAUCCCAUUGAGCACAUUUCACCGAGUGAUGAAGAAAAACAACACAUGUCGACGAAUGAGAUGGAUCCAAGUUUAUUCGAGAGGUUAAAAGUUUAUUUGGAAAAAAUUGAUAUCGCAAAAUAUGAAAAUCACCCUUAA